AUGGAUACGUCGGCACUGCGGGAGUUCGCCUUUAAGAAGCUGCAGGAGGCCAGAGAGCGAGGCACGGAGCUGGCGGCUGUCACGGCUGCGCGUGCAGCCUCGUCUAUCUCUAACUCCAUGCCAGUGUCGUCGUCUUUCGUUUUUCGCUCGCAGAGCUCCACGACUGAGCAGGAGCAGCUGCCAGUGCCGCUGGAACACAAGCUGGCGAUGCUUAAGACAUUCAACGACUCACUGCGUGCGGAAUUGGCGGGCAGUUCAUCCGGCUCGAUGGACGAGAGUAUCUACAAGCUGGACCUCAUCAAUGAAUCACUGGCAUUUACUAUCGAGAACAUUCAGGAGGGCUCCCAUGUGCUGAAGCUGCUAAAUUGCGAGCUAAAAGAAAGCGCUUCGAUGCAGAACGCGAUGCAUAAGACGUUUUACCAGCGCCGUUCGUUAUGA